AUGUUCGCACCCUCGAGCGACCAAGCAGCGCUGUUCCAGCGGUGGGGGACCGCAAGCCACAGUGGCGUCCCCGCUGCCGCUCCGAACUGCCCCCGCUGCACCUCCGGCAACACCAAGUUCUGCUACUACAACAACUACAGCCUCUCUCAGCCCCGGUACUUCUGCAAGUCCUGCCGACGGUACUGGACCAACGGCGGCUCGCUCCGCAACAUUCCCGUCGGCGGCGGCUGCCGCAAGAACCGCCGCAGCACGAAGCCCUCCUCCAGGUCGCAGGCUCCGGGCUCUGGCCAGCCCGAGCGCGCUUCCCUGGCUGGUGGUCAGCCUGACUCAGUGGACAAGGAUCAGAGUGUCGAGUCACCUCAGGGUGGCUCGCCGGCCACCACAGCUGGUGCGAUGGAUAUCGAUAUGGCGGCGGUUUUCGCCAAGUUCUUGAAUAAUGAGCAGACCAAGUCCAGCUCUCAAGAUUUGACAGGUUCGACCUCUAGCGCGGUGACCCCGGAUAGUGUGCAGACGUCAGCGUCGCUUGACCUCGUUGGAGAGCAGGCUGAGCCGCCUCUGGAAGUGCCUCACGUUGAAGGGCUGUUCAUGGAAACAAAUGGUUUCGGUCACCAUGAAUCAGCGGACGACUUGUUAUGGGGCGAUACGACGUCCUGCUCGGCGAAUUUCGCGUGGCAGCCCAUGUUGCAGUUACAGGAGAUUGGAACGUCACCGUCCGACGAUCAGUUCAGAUUGCUUCCGACGAAUGAUAAUUUUUGGAGCUCAUUUGAUCUUGCGGGGUUUGAGCUCUCCUCGAGGCCUUGA